AUGAGCUCUGAUUCUGAAUCCGUGCACUCGCACGAACGCGAGCACGCGUCCCCAGCCGCAUCUGUAGCCGUCUCCCUGGCGUCCAUGGACACAGAAGAACACAAUGAGCUUUACGACCACAGACACUUGCCGGACUCGUUGCCUGUGCGUCAAAAUUCUGAAGCCGGGAAAUCAAUCCUUAAGAAACCUCAGCCACCAAGUGACAAGCGCAGCAAAAUCACUGUAUCUCCUAGUUCUAUCAGGUCUGGUAUAACCUUUGGUAAUGAGUCCGAUGACGAGUUGCACAUCGAGGGCUCACAAAUGAAAUUGGCAGCCACAAACACCGGAAACGCCAGACCCUCGCGCAUCGCGCAUUCUAUGCCCCAUCAAAAACAACUGUAUUCGAGCGCUGGAGGAUCUGUUCAGCAUUUGAAUCCACCUCCACCACUGCUCCCCAGAAAAUCCUCCAAGAGCAGUGGCCCAGAUGAUGCUGGAAACAUGAAAAAGGGCAAAAUGAGAACCAGCUCGGACUCCUCGUCCAAUAAGCCAUUGCACUAUUUAACCAAAACCAUAUCUGCCAAGUCCAAUCAAAGUGACUCCAAUGGCAGGGAACAGGCCAUGAGACGUAGGCUCUCAAGAGUAUCCAUCGAAACCGAUAACUCUCACGCUUCCAGAGAGUCUCAAGAGACCGAGGAGGAUGUAUGUUUUCCAAUGCAGCGUCUGGAGCACACCAGAAUCAAUGGCAUUGAUUUUGAUGAGCUCGAGGAGUUCGCAAUCCAGUCCCGGGAAGAAAUUUUGAAUAAUGCUUUGAAUGUUGCCAGUGUCGAGCCCAUUAAUAUGAACCAGCAAUACGCUAAUAAAGCUGGCUCUUCCUCGUCGACUGCUACAACAUCAUCUACUGCGGCUCUCAAGUAUACACCUAAAGGGGCGUCACCGGAAGUUCCAAAAGCCAAGACGGUGCCAGACGAUUCCGUAGUUUCACAACAAGGAAUUUACUUUGGUAAUAACAAGGUUGAGAACGAUGAAUCAGAGCGCUUGCCCACUCCCUAUGGCUCCCAGAAUGAGCAUUACGUUGUUCCCGAUCGAUUUUCGUUUUUCUGUUCAGAUUCAGAGGAAACGGUCCACGCGCCUGAUAUCGCGUCGUUGGUAAAACCAGGUGAGUCAUUCAGAGACCUUUUCAGAGAUGGCGCACCAACUUGGUGGCUGGACUGCGUUUGUCCCACGGACGAAGAGAUGCGUUGUAUUUCGAAAGCUUUCGGUCUUCACCCUUUGACCGCGGAAGAUAUUAGAAUGCAAGAAACCCGUGAGAAAGUUGAGCUUUUCAAGAGUUACUACUUUGUCUGUUUCCAUACUUUUGAAGGUGAUCAUGAGUCGGAAGAGUUUUUAGAGCCCAUCAAUGUUUACAUUGUGAUUUUCAAAGAAGGUGUACUCACAUUCCAUUUCGGUCCAAUAUAUCAUUGUUCGAAUGUCAGGAGACGUGUGAGACAACUGCGCGAUUAUGUGGAUGUUAGCUCAGACUGGUUGUGUUACGCUCUAAUCGAUGAUAUUACCGAUAGUUUCGCACCUGUGAUUCAAGCUAUUGAGUACGAAGCUGAUGUCAUCGAAGACUCUGUCUUUAUGGUUCGUGAUAUGGACUUUUCUGUAAUGCUGCAGCGUAUUGGAGAAAGCAGAAGAAAGACAAUGACACUCAUGAGGCUUCUGAGUGGCAAAGCAGAUGUUAUUAAGAUGUUCGCAAAAAGAUGUCAAGACGACUUACAUGGAAUAGGACCUGCUUUAACAUCCCAAUUGAAUAUCGCUAAUUUGCAAUUUACUCAAAAAGCAGGAGCUGAAGGACUUCCAAACAUACAAAGCAAUACAAACGACAACAAUACUAGGGCACAACCCAGAGCAGACAUUGCCUUGUAUCUCGGCGAUAUCCAGGAUCACGUCGUCACGAUGUUUCAAAACCUGUUGUCUUACGAGAAGAUUUUCUCCCGUUCUCACGCCAAUUAUUUAGCCCAGCUGCAGGUUGAAUCCUUCAAUUCCAAUAACAAAGUCACAGAGAUGCUUAGUAAAGUUACUCUCAUCGGUACUAUUUUAAUUCCACUCAAUCUUGUGACAGGACUCUUCGGAAUGAACGUUCCUGUGCCAGGAGGUCCAGAUGGAGGAGGCUUGGGGUGGUUUUUUGGUAUCCUGGGAGUAAUGGCUUCUAUCGCUUUGUGCUUCACCCUGCUUGCUCGCAUUUGGCUAAGCAGAAUAAGCACACCUGCCACGUUAAAUGAAGCUGCAGAGACCGGGACAAGGUCAAUUAUGAACACUCUGAGGCCUAGAGGAUCCCGCACUGUUAAUAGGGAUAUUCCAUAUAAGAAAGGGAAUACCAACAGGUCCAUGGCAAGCUUCCAAAGGUAG